AUGUCGUCUUCAGAGGGUGCCCCGGAGUCAUGGAUCUCCUCAUUCUGCUCUCUGAUGGGCCAUGAAUUCUUCGCAGAGGUGUCGGAGGAUUUCAUCGAGGAUGACUUCAACCUAACGGGCCUGCAGUCACAAGUGCCCAUGUAUAAAGAGGCCCUGGAGAUGAUUCUCGACGUCGAGCCAGAGGAGGACGAAGAAGAAGAGGAGGAAGAGGAGGAAGAGGAAGAGGACGAGGAUGAAGUCCUUGAUGACGAACGUCCUCUGGGAUAUCGGAGAGCCGGUGACCGGCGACACGCUCGUGUCGCGAGCGACUUGAGCGUCAUUGAGAGCUCUGCAGAGCUUCUCUACGGACUAAUUCACCAGCGCUACAUCACCUCGCGACCCGGAAUCCAACAAAUGCUCGAGAAAUACGAAAUGCAGCACUUUGGCGUCUGCCCGCGCGUCAACUGCAACGGGUGCAAGGUUCUCCCCGUGGGCCGAUCUGAUACUCCGGGUCAGGAAACCGUCAAGCUAUUCUGCCCCGGUUGCAUGGACAUCUAUACACCCCCCAACAGCCGCUUCCACUCCGUCGAUGGAGCCUUCUUCGGCACGACAUUCGGCUGCCUUUUCUUCAUGACCUUCCCCGACCUGAGCAUUCGACCCCGACUGGACAACUCCUCGCUCUCCUCCCUCUCAAGAAACGCCUCGCAGCCCGCCAACCGUUCCCCUGCCGCCCAGGGCCCCCACCGAACCCCCACACCGGAGCACCAACCCGUCGAGAUCAACGGCGUGCACACUCUCAACUUCUGCCCCGGCCUCGGGCGCGACAAGACCUAUGACCCGAGAAUCUACGGAUUCAAGGUCGCGGAAGUCUCAAGGGUCGGCCCUCGCAUGAAAUGGCUCCGAUCGAAGCCAACAGAUAUGUACGAUCUUGACGAAACGACCAUCUACGAGAAAACAUUCAACCUAAACAACGUUAAAUCCGACGAGGGUGAUCGCGACGGCGACACUGAAAUGAAACCCGAGCAAUCCCAAGACGUCCUCAUCGCAAACCGCAAGAAAGCGCCCAUGCGGCGGCGGCGGCAACAGAAUGAGCAGCAGACUGCGUCCGAUAAGAUGAGUGUGCAGGGCGCCGAGAUCGGAUAA